AGAAGUGCAGGUUGUGUCCCGUCCUCUGCAUCUCAUACAACGAAAAUAAUUCAUGAAGAGUGGCCUGAUCCUUUACAUCGCCCGUGUUUAACGGCAGAGGUUGUAUUUCUACGGUUUCAUGGUUUUAAUACGGAAAGAAGUGAAUUGUUUGGCCGUCGGAGGAUCAAACUAAUGUUGUGUCACCGCUGUUAUUCCUGGCUGCUGUUGACAAUCCAAAGUUCAUCACUGCAGGUGGAGUUGAAGUGGCUAACGUUGUUAGCUUGUUGGUCCUUUUGCAUCGUUGAACUGCUGAAGAAAAAUUCACUGAAGGAGCUUUAAUGGCAUCCUAUCCGACAACAACCCCUCACUGCUGUCUCAACAAUGAACUCUGGAAAGCCUCAGGCGCUCACUGAAGAAUGGCAAGGUUCAGGCGCAAAUCUUGCAUCACGUUAAUUGCUUUGGUGUUGCUCGUGCUCAUAGUAACGGUGGUCUUGAAGGCGCUGACACCAGAGGACUCUCCGUUCAGCAGCCCUGUCGGUGUGGAGCUGUUCCCGGACAGAAAGAAUGACGAUCAGGUCCAGAAAGACAACAACAAACCUGACCAAACCAAAAUGAAUGAUUCUGCUCAGUCAGACAAACUGGAGGCUUCACUGAGAAGGUUCCCUCCUCCAAACUACUACGUCCAUGCCUUUUACUACGCGUGGUAUGGCAACCCCAAAUUUGAUGGCCAAUACAUCCACUGGAACCACCCGCAGCUGCCACACUGGGACUUUAAGGUGGCUCAGGGGUAUCCACAAGGGAGACACAGCCCACCUGAUGACAUCGGGGCCAACUUCUACCCGUCUUUAGGGGCCUACAGUUCCAGGGAUCCCUCUGUUUUAGAGUCUCAUAUGCAGCAGCUGCGCACAGCGGCCAUUGGUGUCCUCGCCGUUUCCUGGUAUCCUCCUAAUUUGAGUGACGAUAAUGGUGAGGCGAUGGAUGACAUUGUGCCUUUGCUGCUGGAAGUGGCAAAUAAAUACCAUAUUAAGGUGGCGUUUCACAUCGAACCGUACAAAGACAGAGAUGAAGUCAACAUGUUCACUAAUGUCAAAUACAUCAUUGAGAAAUACGGGGAGCACCCUGCAUUCUUCAAGUAUCGGACAAACACUGGCAAGCUUCUUCCGCUCUUCUAUGUUUAUGACUCAUAUCUGAUGAACUCGGAGCAGUGGGCCAAACUGCUCAAACACACGGAGAGUAACAGCAUCAGGGAUACCCCGUAUGACGCCAUCUUCAUCGCCCUGCUGGUGGAGGAGAAGCAUAAGAGGGAGAUCCUGACUGCUGGUUUUGAUGGCGUCUACACUUACUUUGCCACUAAUGGGUUUUCCUACGGGUCCACUCAGCGGAACUGGGACUCCAUUAAAGCUUUCUGUGAAGAUAACAACCUGAUAUUCAUUCCAAGUGUGGGCCCCGGGUACAUCGACACGAGCAUUCGACCCUGGAACUUCCAAAACACUCGAAACCGCAUCAAUGGCAAAUACUAUGAAACCUCGCUGAGUGCCGCGUUACAAGCCAGACCUGAUUUCAUCUCUAUAACGUCGUUUAAUGAAUGGCACGAGGGGUCUCAGAUUGAAAUGGCGAUUCCAAAAACAAGUCAGACUGUGUAUCUGGACUACCUGCCCAAUAAACCUGCAAUCUACCUGGAGAUAACUCGCAAAUGGGCUGCGAUAUUUGGUGGGGAACGACGAAGAUGGCAGGACUGAUCUGACUAAGAGCCAUAGCAGAUGUGUAUUCACGGUUGUAUAAAAUAAUUACAUUAAAGCUAAAUGAAGUUGCACAGUGAAAUGCAAAUGAUGAGAACAGACAACUGAUUUUCAAAGCCACAAGCAAGCGAAUAUACCGACCAAAAUUUAAAUGCAACUUUGUUUUUGCUCCCAUUUUUCAUACAUUUAAGGUAAAGAGCCAAGACUUUUUUCAUGCACUCAGUAGAUAUAUUUCCUUUCUUUUCCGCAAACAAACAGACAAUCUUAUUAUUUGUAGCUGUACACCAUCAAGAGGCCUGUGACAAAUGCACAUUUUGAUAACAGCCAAAACGAACAUUUAGCAGUUAUAGUUAUACAGUUGGAUCAUCAGCAGCGUCACUGUGAGCGAAAUAAGCCUCGCCAUCAUCUUUGUUCAAACUAACAUCUGUCCAUAAAACAUUUCCAUUGUUAAAAAAAUACAUCCCAGAGAGGAAGAGUUAAACCAAAAUUAAGUAAAAUUAAAUUAGUAGAUAUAUUUCUCUCAAAUUUUGGUUGCAAAUUUGUGAAAAUCCUUGUUAGUGAACACUUCUCUUUUUUUAAAUAAAGUCCACCCUCCUGACAGCUGUGGCAUAUCAGGAUGCUGAUUAAACAGCAUCGUUACCAUGCAGCCGUGCUUCGGGAUGGUCACAAUAAAAGGCAGCUCUAAAAUGUGCAGUUUGAUCGCACAACACACCGCCACAGAUGUUCCAAGUUUUUAGGAAGUGUGCCAUUGACAUGCUAACUGCAGGAAUCUCCAGUGUUGUUUCUGUUCAUCUGGCAGUACAUCCAACCAGCCUCACAACAGCAGACCACAUCACAUCAACCCUUAGGGACUGUUUGGUGCAUUUUGACUCACUUUUCAUUCUUCAUUUUGUAAAAUUUUGGCUGUGUUCAUGCAUAUGGCAUACAUUUUGACAAGAUUGUGUAUUUUUGUUUGACCUCAGAAAUUCAAGCUCAGCUCCUACCAUUAGGAUAAAAUACUCUGUGUAAACAGAAUUGUUGCAUUCAUUAGACUGUUAAGUGCAAAAAAUGCGCCAUUGAAACCCAUUCAAAAUGCAAGUUUUGAUCCCACAGCCAUCAAAGCAUA